AUGGCUAAUCGGAUCACAACGCCCUUUGGCCAGGCAGUGCCUCCCGCGCCACGCCAUGCGGUCACUGUUCAUAUGCCUGGCUGGCAGAGCGUACAGAAAUACGGUGCUGAUCCACGCUCGGUCAUUGCGACUUUCAGCAAUGCUUACCCUCGAGCGAAGCCACAUAGAGACAUUGCCAGUCUCGCCAACAUGGUCUUGAGCCACCUCGGUCUUACUGGCCAUGGUUGUUUCUUGUUUAGUUCGUUGGCAUCGGCGGAGGAAUGUGUUGGAUAUUGUACAUCGCCGCGGCGUGCCGACAGCGAAAGAAGUCCCAUCCCACCAGAUGUCAUUCAGAUUCGAGCUUUCAAGGCAAAAGAUCCGUUUUGGCCGGUUGUCUUCCCUUCAGAAUAUGAGUCUGUUGCAGCGGGGUUCUGGAGCAAACCCGGGGUCGGUGUAUCUUCACGUUUCGCAGAGGCAAAUUUAUCGUUCAUCAACCAGCUUGCGGAAGCGAGCAUUUCCUAUCAAGUUGAGUCCAGACCGAGCUUCGAGACUGCCAAACACGAAACUAUACGAGAGCGAAUCAUUUCCUACCUGGAGCGCGCCACGCUACAACCUACAGUACCGAAGCCUUCUUCAAACGACGUAUUUCUCUUUCCCACCGGCAUGGCUUCCAUCUACAAGCCUCAUACAUACCUCAGCCACCUCCAUAACGGCACAACAAUACUUUUUGGUAUGGCUUUUAUGGAUACCGUGACAGCAUUCCAAGAAUUUGGGUCAGGCUUUAAGUUCUUCGGCUUGGGCUCUGAUGAAGAUCUACUGGCGCUUGAGGUCUUUCUUCGCGAAGAGCGCAGUCAGGGACGUAAAGUGCAAGCGAUCUGGGCGGAAUUCCCGGCGAAUCCUAUCCUCGUCACGCCAGACCUGGUUCGACUUCGCGCCCUGGCUGACGACUAUGACGUUAUCCUGGCUGUCGAUGAUACCAUUGGCAGCUAUGCGAAUGUCGACAUAACACAUAUGACCGAUAUACUUGUUACGUCGCUCACGAAAUCCUUUAAUGGUUACGCUGAUGUCAUAGCUGGUUGUGCUAUUCUCAAUCCCACCUCUAGACACUACAACACACUGAAGACCUUGUUCAACGCCCGGUAUGUGCCGGAGCUUUAUGUUGAUGAUGUGGAAGCCCUUGAGCGGAACAGUCGCGACUAUCUCACGAGAACGAGGAAAUUAAAUCACAAUGCUAAGUCGCUGGUGGAUUAUUUACGGACGUGUUCCGAAGAUCGCAACAGCGCCGUCCACAGAGUUCACUAUCCCAGUGUGAACUCUUCCGGAAAACACUAUCGGCAAUUCAUGCGCCGCGAAACACCAGAGUUCACUCCUGGUUACGGGUGUCUCUUCAGUGUCGAAUUCGACGAUAUCCAGACGACGGAGGCUUUUUACAACAAUCUCAAUGUGCACAACAGCGUGCAUCUCGGAGCACCUUUCACCCUUGCGUUUGCAUACACGGCGUGUACAUACGCCAAGAAAUUGGACUGGGCGGCAAGCUACGGCUUAAAGCCUACUCAAAUCAGGGUUACCGCGGGCCUCGAAGACACCAAUCUAUUACUAGAAGACUUUAGGAUCGCUGUCGAGGCGGCCAAUCAAGUCCGAUCGCAACCAGGCCAUUGA